CCCGGCGGCCUCCUCUUCCACCGCCCCCCCAACCACUACCCCCCCCCGGCCCUCCCCGGUGUCUGUGUUUCUCUCUCUGGUCGGAGGCGGCGGUAAUGGCGGAUGGUGGGUUGUGGCGCCGGCGGCGGCUGCUGUGAGGGACGAUGAGUGCCUCCUUCGUGCCGAACGGGGCCAGCCUGGAAGAUUGUCACUGUAACCUCUUCUGCCUGGCUGACUUGACAGGAAUUAAAUGGAAAAAAUACGUAUGGCAAGGCCCAACUUCUGCCCCUAUUCUGUUUCCUGUGACAGAAGAAGACCCCAUUUUGAGCAGUUUUAGUCGCUGCCUUAAGGCAGAUGUACUUGGUGUUUGGCGGCGAGAUCAAAGACCUGGAAGAAGAGAAUUGUGGAUAUUUUGGUGGGGUGAAGACCCCAAUUUUGCUGACCUUAUUCACCAUGACUUAUCAGAAGAAGAAGAUGGAGUGUGGGAGAAUGGACUUUCCUAUGAAUGCCGUACCCUGCUUUUCAAAGCGGUUCACAAUCUAUUGGAACGGUGUUUAAUGAAUAGGAAUUUUGUACGUAUUGGCAAGUGGUUUGUAAAGCCUUAUGAAAAAGAUGAAAAACCUAUAAAUAAAAGUGAACACUUGUCCUGCUCCUUCACCUUUUUCUUGCAUGGAGACAGCAAUGUUUGUACCAGUGUGGAAAUUAACCAACAUCAACCUGUAUACCUUCUCAGUGAAGAGCAUAUCACCCUUGCUCAACAGUCUAAUAGCCCAUUUCAAGUUAUCUUAUGCCCAUUUGGACUAAAUGGCACUCUCACAGGACAGGCAUUCAAGAUGUCUGAUUCAGCUACAAAAAAAUUAAUUGGUGAAUGGAAACAGUUCUAUCCUAUCUCAUGUUGCUUGAAGGAGAUGUCUGAAGAAAAACAGGAAGAUAUGGAUUGGGAAGAUGAUUCUUUAGCUGCAGUAGAAGUUCUUGUUGCUGGUGUCCGAAUGAUCUACCCAGCAUGCUUUGUUCUAGUCCCUCAGUCAGACAUUCCUACUCCUAGCCCUGUGGGAUCCACUCACUGUUCAUCUUCUUGCUUGGGUGUCCACCAAGUGCCUGCUUCCACAAGAGAUCCUGCUAUGUCUUCGGUUACGCUUACACCACCUACAUCUCCUGAGGAAGUCCAAACAGUUGAUCCUCAGUCUGCCCAGAAGUGGGUCAAAUUUUCUUCAGUAUCUGAUGGCUUCAACUCCGAUAGUACUAGCCACCAUGGUGGGAAAAUACCCAGAAAAUUAGCAAAUCAUGUGGUGGAUAGAGUUUGGCAAGAAUGCAAUAUGAACAGAGCACAGAACAAGAGGAAGUAUACUGCUUCAUCAGGUGGUCUAUGCGAAGAAGCGACAGCUGCUAAAGUGGCAUCCUGGGAUUUUGUUGAAGCCACACAAAGAACAAAUUGCAGUUGUUUGAGGCACAAAAAUCUCAAGUCAAGAAAUGCUGGACAACAAGGACAGGCACCAUCUUUAGGUCAGCAACAACAAAUACUUCCUAAGCACAAGACCAAUGAGAAGCAAGAAAAGAGUGAAAAGCCGCAGAAACGCCCCUUGACUCCUUUUCACCAUCGUGUGUCUGUUAGUGAUGAUGUUGGCAUGGACGCAGAUUCAGCCAACCAAAGACUUGUGAUGUCUGCUCCAGACAGUCAAGUGAGAUUUUCAAAUAUCCGAACUAAUGAUGUAGCAAAGACUCCUCAGAUGCAUGGCACCGAAAUGGCAAAUUCACCUCAACCACCCCCACUUAGUCCUCACCCUUGUGAUGUGGUUGAUGAAGGAGUGACUAAAACACCUUCAACUCCUCAGAGUCAACAUUUUUAUCAAAUGCCAACACCAGAUCCCUUGGUUCCUUCUAAACCAAUGGAAGAUAGGAUAGACAGUUUGUCCCAGUCUUUCCCACCUCAAUAUCAGGAAGCUGUAGAACCUACGGUAUAUGUUGGUACAGCAGUAAACUUGGAAGAAGAUGAAGCCAAUAUAGCCUGGAAGUAUUACAAGGUCCCAAAGAAAAAAGAUGUAGAGUUUUUACCACCUCAACUUCCAAGUGAUAAAUUCAAGGAUGAUCCAGUUGGACCUUUUGGACAGGAAAGUGUAACAUCAGUUACAGAGUUAAUGGUGCAAUGUAAGAAACCUUUAAAAGUUUCUGAUGAAUUAGUGCAGCAAUAUCAAAUUAAAAACCAGUAUCUUUCAGCAAUAGCAUCUGAUGCAGAACAAGAACCUAAAAUUGAUCCAUAUGCAUUUGUUGAAGGAGAUGAGGAAUUCCUUUUUCCUGAUAAAAAAGAUAGACAAAAUAGUGAGAGAGAAGCUGGAAAAAAACACAAGGUAGAAGAUGGGACAUCUAGUGUAACAGUGUUAUCACAUGAAGAAGAUGCUAUGUCAUUAUUUAGUCCCUCUGUCAAGCAAGAUGCUCCACGCCCUACUAGUCAUGCCCGUCCUCCAUCAACAAGUUUGAUUUAUGACUCAGACCUGGCUGUCUCUUAUACUGACCUUGAUAAUCUCUUCAAUUCUGAUGAAGAUGAACUAACACCUGGAUCCAAAAAAUCAGCGAAUGGAUCAGAUGAUAAAGCCAGCUGCAAGGAAUCAAAGACAGGAAAUCUGGACCCGUUAUCUUGCAUAAGCACUGCAGAUCUUCAUAAAAUGUAUCCUACACCACCAUCAUUGGAACAACAUAUUAUGGGAUUUUCCCCAAUGAAUAUGAAUAAUAAAGAAUAUGGUAGUAUGGAUACAACACCUGGAGGAACUGUUCUAGAAGGAAAUAGUUCUAGUAUAGGAGCACAGUUCAAAAUUGAGGUUGAUGAGGGAUUCUGUAGCCCCAAACCUUCUGAAAUUAAAGAUUUUUCUUAUGUCUAUAAGCCUGAAAAUUGUCAAAUUCUAGUGGGAUGUUCCAUGUUUGCACCUCUAAAAACUCUACCAAGCCAAUAUCUGCCCCCUAUCAAAUUGCCAGAAGAGUGUAUUUAUCGUCAGAGUUGGACUGUUGGAAAAUUGGAAUUGCUUUCUUCAGGGCCUGCAAUGCCAUUCAUCAAAGAGGGUGAUGGAAGUAAUAUGGAUCAAGAAUAUGGCCCUGCUUAUACACCUCAAACUCAUACUUCUUUUGGGAUGCCUCCUAGCAGUGCACCUCCUAGUAACAGCGGAGCAGGAAUUCUUCCUUCUCCAUCCACCCCUCGGUUUCCAACUCCAAGGACUCCAAGGACUCCUCGGACUCCUCGUGGAGCUGGUGGACCUGCUAGUGCUCAAGGUUCAGUCAAAUACGAAAAUUCAGACUUGUAUUCACCAGCUUCUACCCCAUCUACAUGCAGACCCCUUAAUUCUGUUGAACCUGCAACUGUCCCUUCCAUCCCUGAAGCACACAGUCUUUAUGUAAACCUCAUCCUUUCAGAAUCAGUUAUGAAUUUGUUUAAAGACUGUAACUUCGAUAGUUGUUGCAUCUGUGUCUGCAACAUGAAUAUCAAGGGUGCCGAUGUUGGAGUUUACAUUCCAGAUCCAACGCAGGAAGCACAAUAUAGGUGUACCUGUGGCUUCAGUGCUGUCAUGAACAGAAAAUUUGGAAACAAUUCAGGAUUAUUUCUUGAAGAUGAACUAGAUAUCAUAGGACGCAAUACAGACUGUGGCAAAGAAGCAGAAAAACGUUUUGAAGCUCUCAGGGCUACCUCUGCUGAACAUGUUAAUGGAGGACUAAAGGAAUCUGAAAAAUUAUCUGAUGAUUUGAUAUUAUUGCUACAAGAUCAGUGCACUAAUUUAUUUUCACCCUUUGGAGCAGCAGACCAAGAUCCUUUUCCUAAAAGUGGUGUAAUUAGCAAUUGGGUACGUGUUGAAGAGCGUGAUUGUUGCAAUGACUGCUACCUUGCAUUAGAACAUGGGCGUCAGUUCAUGGAUAAUAUGUCAGGAGGAAAAGUUGAUGAAGCACUUGUGAAGAGUUCAUGCUUACACCCCUGGUCCAAAAGAAACGAUGUGAGUAUGCAGUGCUCACAGGAUAUACUUCGAAUGCUCCUCUCUCUUCAGCCAGUUCUUCAGGAUGCCAUUCAGAAAAAAAGAACAGUAAGACCUUGGGGUGUUCAGGGUCCUCUCACUUGGCAACAAUUUCAUAAAAUGGCUGGCCGAGGCUCUUAUGGAACUGAUGAAUCCCCAGAACCACUGCCAAUCCCCACAUUUUUGUUGGGUUAUGAUUAUGAUUAUCUGGUGCUUUCUCCAUUUGCUCUUCCUUAUUGGGAGAGACUUAUGCUGGAACCCUAUGGAUCUCAAAGAGAUAUAGCCUAUGUUGUACUGUGUCCAGAAAAUGAAGCCUUGUUAAAUGGAGCCAAAAGCUUUUUUAGAGAUCUUACUGCAAUAUAUGAGUCCUGUCGAUUAGGUCAACAUAGACCUAUUUCCCGACUGUUAACAGAUGGGAUCAUGAGAGUUGGAUCUACUGCAUCAAAGAAACUAUCAGAAAAGUUGGUAGCAGAAUGGUUUUCUCAUGCAGCUGAUGGUAACAAUGAAGCAUUUUCUAAACUCAAGCUUUAUGCACAAGUCUGCAGAUAUGACCUAGGUCCUUAUCUUGCUUCCCUGCCAUUGGACAGCUCUCUACUUUCCCAGCCAAAUUUAGUUGCCCCUACAAGUCAGUCUUUGAUUACUCCACCUCAGAUGACAAAUACUGGAAAUGCUAAUACUCCAUCUGCCACCUUAGCAUCUGCAGCAAGCAGCACUAUGACAAUGACUUCAGGUGUUGCCAUAUCUACUUCAGUUGCCACAGCUAAUUCAACUUUGACCACAGCUUCAACUUCAUCUUCAUCAUCUUCCAACUUGAAUAGUGGAGUAUCAUCAAAUAAACUACCUUCAUUUCCACCCUUUGGCAGUAUGAACAGUAAUGCUGCAGGAUCCAUGUCUACACAAGCAAAUACAGUUCAGAGUGGUCAGCUAGGAGGGCAACAGACAUCAGCUCUACAAACAGCUGGGAUUUCUGGAGAAUCAUCUUCACUUCCCACUCAGCCGCAUCCUGAUGUGUCUGAAAGCACAAUGGAUCGGGAUAAAGUGGGAAUCCCCACAGAUGGUGAUUCACAUGCAAUCACGUAUCCACCUGCAAUUGUUGUUUAUAUAAUUGAUCCUUUUACAUACGAAAAUACAGACGAGAGUACUAACUCUUCUAGUGUGUGGACAUUGGGGCUACUUCGAUGCUUUCUAGAAAUGGUCCAGACUCUUCCUCCUCAUAUCAAGAGUACUGUUUCUGUACAGAUUAUUCCUUGUCAGUACCUGUUGCAACCUGUGAAGCAUGAAGAUAGAGAAAUCUAUCCCCAGCAUUUAAAAUCCCUGGCUUUUUCGGCCUUUACCCAGUGUCGGAGGCCACUUCCAACAUCAACCAAUGUGAAAACAUUGACUGGCUUUGGUCCAGGUUUAGCCAUGGAAACUGCCCUUAGAAGUCCUGAUAGACCAGAGUGUAUUCGACUUUAUGCACCUCCUUUUAUUCUGGCUCCAGUGAAGGACAAACAGACAGAGCUAGGAGAAACAUUUGGAGAAGCUGGACAGAAAUAUAAUGUUCUUUUUGUGGGAUACUGUUUAUCACAUGAUCAAAGGUGGAUUCUUGCAUCUUGCACAGAUCUAUAUGGAGAACUUUUAGAAACUUGUAUCAUUAACAUCGAUGUUCCAAAUAGGGCUCGUCGGAAAAAAAGUUCUGCUAGAAAAUUUGGUCUACAGAAACUUUGGGAGUGGUGCUUGGGACUUGUACAAAUGAGUUCAUUGCCAUGGAGAGUUGUAAUUGGUCGUCUAGGAAGGAUUGGUCAUGGAGAAUUGAAAGAUUGGAGCUGUUUGCUGAGUCGCCGAAACUUGCAGUCUCUAAGUAAAAGGCUCAAAGACAUGUGUAGAAUGUGUGGUAUAUCUGCUGCAGACUCCCCUAGCAUUCUCAGUGCUUGCUUGGUGGCAAUGGAGCCGCAAGGCUCUUUUGUUAUUAUGCCAGACUCUGUGUCAACUGGUUCUGUAUUUGGAAGAAGCACGACUCUAAACAUGCAGACAUCUCAGCUAAAUACCCCACAGGAUACAUCAUGUACUCAUAUACUUGUGUUUCCUACUUCUGCUUCUGUGCAAGUAGCUUCAGCUACUUAUACCACUGAAAAUUUGGAUUUAGCUUUCAAUCCCAACAAUGAUGGAGCAGAUGGAAUGGGUAUCUUUGAUUUGUUAGACACAGGAGAUGAUCUUGACCCUGAUAUCAUUAAUAUCCUUCCUGCUUCUCCAACUGGUUCUCCUGUACAUUCUCCAGGAUCUCAUUACCCCCAUGGAGGUGAUGCGGGCAAGGGUCAGAGUACUGAUCGGCUACUAUCAACAGAACCUCAUGAGGAAGUACCUAAUAUUCUUCAGCAACCAUUGGCCCUUGGUUACUUUGUAUCAACUGCCAAAGCAGGUCCAUUACCUGACUGGUUCUGGUCAGCAUGUCCUCAAGCACAAUAUCAGUGUCCCCUUUUUCUUAAGGCCUCUUUGCACCUCCACGUGCCUUCAGUGCAAUCUGACGAGCUGCUUCACAGUAAACACUCCCACCCACUUGACUCAAAUCAGACUUCAGAUGUCCUCAGGUUUGUUUUGGAACAGUACAAUGCACUCUCCUGGCUAACCUGUGACCCUGCAAUCCAGGACAGACGCUCAUGUCUCCCAAUUCAUUUUGUGGUGCUGAAUCAGUUAUAUAACUUUAUUAUGAAUAUGCUGUGAUCUUCAUUUGAUGGAACUGUGCAAGAAAAGAACAAGGAAAAAUGGAUAUUUCGCUGCAGGAUUAAGUUACAAUUAUCUUCUCAGUGAAAGUCAUUUGUGAUGGGGUCUAAUUCUUAUUACUUCAACAAAUAUUGUUUUGACUUGGGGGGAGGGGCUAUAACCCUGCUAUUUUUCAUUGACUCUUGAACUCUUUAGGAUGAUGACUGAUCAUACAAAACAUAUUAUAACAUUUUUGUAGCAAAAUUAACCUUUUUUUUUUCAGUCACAGUAUUUGUGAAAAGUAAUGAGCCAUAGUACCCAGUCAUGUUAAAUGAAUAUUAAAAGCAUGGAGAGGAAACAUGAGGAACAAUGAAUUUCAACAUAUGGCUUCAGAACAUGAAGAUGUUCUUGUAUUGGAUUAUAGUAUCUAGUAUUCAAAAAUGCCUGCAUCUCUUCUCUUAUUUAUUGUAAGUUUUUAAAUGUAUAAAUUGUCUUAUAUUUCUUAACCUCUUUUAUAAAAAUUUUCCUAGAAGGUUUAUACUGCCUUCUUGCUUUAAAGCAAUUGGUCUAAAAUAUAUGUAAUCGUCUUAAUUAAAAAGUUGCAGUAGGGUUGCUUUUAGAGUAUUAUUUUUUUGUAAGGGGGUGGGUGGGACAGUAAAUUUGUAUUGUCUCGAUGUACAGUUUAACGGGGAUAGAGGGGGAAUAAUGUCCAUACCAUUGUGUGUGGAGGAUUUACAGCUAAGCUGUAGUUGCAGAGUACAUGUACAGUAAUGAAGUUCACUGUGUUUAUAAAUUGAAAAGGUACCAGGUCUUACAGCAUUUUAUAUAUCACAUCUUUACAGAAUAACAUGAUGGCAAUAUACAAGUGGUAUUGUUAGGUGGUUUACUUAGAAUAAAAUGAGAAUUCUUCAGUUAUAUUUUGUACUAUGGUUUAGGGCUAUGACUAAUAUUUCAGGCCAUUUCCGGUGAAAGAAACUUAGUUUUACAAGAAAAACCAUUUGCUACUGAAUGCUUAAACUAAUCUUGGUGUUUAAUGUUACAUGCUUAAAUUCUUUUCAGUUUUAACAGUGGCACAUUUAGGCAUGGGAAUAUUAUUAUGAAAUUUAUUUUCAGGAUCUGCUAUAAGGUUGAAAUUUAGCCCAGCUCUAGGCAUUUUACAAAUUAUUUUUCAAGCAGUCAUUCUUGAUUGUUUGACUUUUUUUUUAAAUUAAAGAUUGGGAAUGUAUGUGAGAGUAUGCAUAUGUAUGGGUGUGUGUGUGUGCGCGCAAUCAAACUGUGGUGUAAAUAGAUUCUCAGUGAAUUCUGGUAUUCAGACUGUAUUCCACUAGUGAAAGAACCAUUUUCUAAACUUCCCUUGCCUUUUUUAUUUAUUUAAUUUUCUUGGUUUGGAGAUGUCAGUCCCAAACACCAGAGUCUGUACUUUUCUAUAACACAGCUCAGAUUAAGGUAGGGCAUAUGCCAAGGAGGUUCUCACCUCCCUAAAGAAGGGACUUGAAUUUUAGGGACUUUAAUUCACCCCUCCUUCAAUACAACUUUCCCCCUUCUUGUUUGCACAUGCCAAGAUAACUGCUUUUAUGCAGGCUGUACCCCCUUGAAAAAUCCUUUCUACAGUGCUGCUCACAAAAGAGCCCAAGUUCGCCUCCUACCUGCAUUGCUGACUUGAAUUCACAGUCGCCCAGUCUACCUAGCUUUCUUGGAAGCAGUCUAGCAAAAUUUCUAUUUGUACCUUCACCAAUUAUCUACAAGGACAAAAUCAGUUGUAUUUACAAAACUCUACUUCAGUUUUUUUUGUUUGUUUUAGUUUUUUUUUUUACUGAAACUUCUUUCGUGAAUACUCUAUGCUUAGAAUUAAAUAUCACUUUCUUAUGAACAACA